UUAGAGGCCUUGUUCCCUUUUCUUACACUAUGAAUAUUGUAGCUUUUUCCUUUGUCGUCAUCAUUAUUAACUCAUUAUCAAUAUUUUUCCCAUGAAGUUUUCAUCGUUGCCUCUCUUUCUUUCUUUCUUAAUACAAAAUCCCAGUUCACAAUUUUCCACUUUUCCAUGACACACAUACACACAUACACACUUCUCUUUCUGUCUCUGUCUGUCUCUCUCUCUUUCUCUCCCUCCCUCCAGGAUUUCCAAGUUUUGUUCCAUCUUUUACGAUUUUGAUAUCAAGUUUGAAGCUUUGAUGCUUUUCAAGCACACCCACUUUCUUGUUUUUUAAGGCCAGAAUUGAUAUCAGGCUGAAUUUCCAGUUGGUGGAUACGAGGUUUGUUUUGGUUCUGCUCAUUGGGUGUGCAAAGGAGGAGUGCUGGUUCAUUUCACAUCGCACAGAAGAAAAGGAAAGGACCUGAAUUUUUAUUUUUUGGGAUACGAACCUUGAAAUUGAUGACAUGAGAGUGUUCAAGUUGACCCUUUGACCACAUGGGAGGCUUAUUGCACAUGUUUGAGUUCAAUCAGGGUAGGAUGGCAAAGAAAAUUCAUGCCCAUAAGAACAAUAACGAUGAUAUGGAAACAUCUGGAAAUGGCAUGAAGCUGCAAGUAGAAACCUCUCAUGUCCACUGUGCAGAAGGAGAAUUACCAUACUCGUGUCAGGUAGAAGAUGGCUGGUCAAAGAAAAUUGGUUACUCAAAUGUGGAUCCAGUGAAAAAAGCGAACAAAGAGGGUUUUUCCAAACAAUCAGGCACCAGAAGUAAUGCCCCCAGCGUUGUGGCAAGGUUGAUGGGGAUAGAAACCAUGCCAUUACCGUUAGACACUAAAUCUGUAGUUCCAUUGGAUGAAAGCACACAUGAAAAUAUGGAGAGGAAGUUUUCAAAGAAGAAAAUGAAUGGGAAAGGUUGGGCUGGUAGGGGUUCUUCAAACUUGAAUUCUUUUAGCCAUAUGGAAUUUGAUUCAUUUUAUCAGCACACUGAUGAUGAUGAUGAUGAAGGUGGACAUAGUUUUGGAGAACCGAGGCCGAGGGAACAUCCUCAAGAGGAGGAACUCCAAAAAUUCAAGAAAGAAUUUGAAGAGUAUCAAUCAACAAGGUUUAAGGAGUGGCCAAAGCUACCCAAUGGCCACCAGAUGGAGUCAAUCUUAUCUAAGAAAAAAGAAUCCUUUCCAUCAAGAAGUAAAACACAAAGUAGGGACUUUGAGGAGUCUUUAAUGAUGAAAUCCAAAAGCAGAUUAUUAGAUAUAUGCACUUCUCCCACUCAGAUAGUUAUCUUGAAGCCUGGUUCUGAAAGGGUUUGCAAUUGCAACCAUGAAGAGAAUUGCACCAGUUUAUCAGGCACUUUACAUAAGAGAAAAGGUAUAGAAGAUUUUCUUGAGGAAGUGAGAGAGCGCUUGAGGUGUGAACUCCAAGGGAUUAGAGAUGGUGGAAUUGAGACACCUUUCAAUGAUAAAUCUGAUGCUAAAGAGGUCACAGAAAGUAUGACUAGAGAUGCUGAACCUAAUUUACUCCGCUCAGAGUCAACAAGAUCAUACAAAAGUAAAAUGCAGCUCAAUGGACAAAGUUCCCCAGAAUUUUUCAACAUAGAUACUAGGAGGUUCUUGUCAGAGAGGCUAAGAAAUACGGUAAAAAAUGAAUUGCAUUUGGACAUUCCUGAAGUGGCUUGUUAUUUAGACAAUGACAGAGUUAGACUAAAACAAGAUACUAUAAAGGGUGCAAAUGACAAGAGCCAGUGGGGAGUUCUAGAAGAGAAAAAAGAAUUACAAACAUGUUCCAAUAGACAUAAAUUAGAUGACAAUGUAUUGCUCCACAAGGAGUUGUCACCUAGGAACCUUGAAAGAUCCUUGUCUGCUCCUGCAUCAGGAGCAUCAUUUGGAAGGCUUCUUUUGGAGGAUCGCCACAUUUUAACGGGUGCCCUUAUUCAGAGGAAGCUUGAAGCUGUUGAAGCAAGGCCUGUGGGUGUUAAAAAGCAGAAGAAAGAUGGAUUUAAUAUUAAAGAAAAACUUUCCAACUUUAAAUAUACUUUUGGUCUAAGAGGGAAGCUCUUUGGCAAAAGAGUUAAGUCAAAAGUAGAAUCACAUGGCAGCGAACAUGGUGCAAUUUUGAGAGAUGUCAGGAGUGGACCAACUAUUCUCAUGAAAUAUGGUGACAGACAUGAGAACUCCACCGAGGUACCUCCUAGUCCUGCAUCUGUAAGCAGCUGUGCUGAUGAAGAACAUUGGAGACAGAGCGGGUAUUCAAGUCUAACAUCAACUCCAGAUGCAUCUUCAUUAGAUGAUAUUUUUGUUCCCAAGGUUUUCAGAGAUAUCAGCUCUGGUUUGAACGACCUAAAGAGGCAACUGAGCGAGCUUGAUUCUGACGGCUAUGUUGAUUUCACCACAAAGCAGGAGCCGAUUGAGUUUUCAUUAGUUGAACUGGAUGAUCCAGCAGAAUCUUAUGUAAGAGAUCUGCUUGUUGCCUCUGGUUUGUACUUUGGUUCAUGGGAUAAAUACAUUGGCAACUCAGUUUUUGAAGAAGUGGAAGAAUCUCAUAGGAAAUUGGUGAAGGAGGAUGAAAGAUCCACAAAAGAUCAUAACAAGAAUAAGUUAGAGCACAAGGUUUUGCUUGAUUUGUUAAAUGAGGCACUUGCCAUUGUUCUUGGACCACCUUUGACAUUGUCUAGAUUCAGAAGGAAACUAAGCAAUUCCUCGUUGCAACCUCCACCAUGUGGAAAGGAACUACUAAAGUUAGUAUGGGACAUUGUCCGUGUUUCUUUACAUCCAACGUCCAACACAUCUCUUUAUUCAGUUGAUAGUUUUGUGGCACAAGAUCUUGCAUCUAUUUCCUGGUCUGGGCUAACAAAUGAUGAGAUUGAUACAUUGGAAAGAGAGACUGCAUGUACAAUCGCCGAUGAUUUGGUUGAAGAAUUCACAAAGGAUAUGCUCUUGUAGGAUCAUUUUUCCCUUUGUUAAGAUAACUCACUCUUCCUUCAUAUUGGAGCAAGGCAAGUACAUGAUUUUCCCAUAGUAACCAGAGUGAAAGAUUACUUUCUACUGAGAUAGUUGAGAAAGAAUACUGCUAGAACGUGAUGCAUAUUUAUUAUUGUGCCAAUGUUUGUGAUACAAAGGGAGUACAUAGUGUACACUAGUGGUACGCAGGUUAUUGUUUCAAAACAGAACAUCAAUUGAUUUAACGAUUUAUGUCA